AGAGCCAGCCCACGACGUCAGACGAGACUGUGGUGGCCGGCGGUACAGUGGUGCUCAAGUGCCAGGUGGAGGAUCCUGAUGAUUCCUCGCUGCAGUGGUCGAACCCUGCCCAGCAGACCCUCUACUUUGGGGAGAAACGAGCCUUGCGUGACAACAGGAUCCAGCUGGAGAGGUCCACACCCAACGAGCUGACCAUCAGCAUCAGUGAUGUGGUGCUGUCGGACGAGGGGGAAUACACAUGCUCUAUCUUCACCAUGCCCGUGCGAACUGCAAAGGCCCUGGUCACCGUGCUGGGAAUCCCCCAGAAACCUCAAAUCUUCGGCCAUGAGCAGCCCAUUGAUGAGGAGAAGAUAGCCCGGCUGACCUGCCGGUCCUCUGGCAGCAAACCUGCAGCCCAGCUCCGGUGGAAGAAGGGCAACAAGGAGCUGAAGGAUGAGGGCACUGAGGUGGUGGAGGACCCCAACGGAAAGACCUUCACUGUGAGCAGUCGGGUGGAGUUCCGUGUCACCAAGGAGGACAACGAAGCCGAGGUGACUUGCACCGUGGACCACGAGUCCCUGCAGAACUCCGAGAGGUCAACCACACAGAAGCUGCAGGUCCACUACAAGCCGACAGCGAAGAUCGAGCCACAUCCCCAGUACCCACGGGAAGGCGAGAAGCUCCGGCUGCAGUGCGACGGGCAGGGCAACCCCAUCCCCCAGGAGUUCCUGUGGGAGAAGGAAGGCAGCGACGUGCCCCUGCAGCUGAGCUCCGACAGCGUCCUCAUCUUCCCCUUCCUCAACAAGAGCGACAGCGGCACCUACGUCUGCACAGCCACCAGCUCCAUGGGCAGCGUCGUGGCCAAGUACAAUCUCGACGUCAGUGAUGCCAGCCCGGUGCCCUCGACCUCCAGCACAUACCAUGCGGUGAUCGGUGGGGUGGUUGCCGUCAUUGUCUUCCUCCUACUCAGUCUUCUCAUCGUGUUGGGACACUACCUGAUCAGACACAAAGGUACCUACCUGACCCACGAGGCCAAGGGGUCGGAUGAUGCCCCGGAUGCCGACACGGCCAUCAUCAAUGCAGAGGGCGGCCAAGCUGGCAGCGAUGACAAGAAGGAGUAUUUCAUCUAGGGACGUCGGAGAGAGUGAGAAAUGGAGCCAACAGACCCCGAUGGAAACGGAAACCAGACCACAAACCCCACUCAACCCAACAGAUUUUCUCUCGCGCCCGGCACGGGCAGACGGACGGACAGAGGGAUGGCAGGACAGAGAGCAGAGAGCAACCAGCCUGAGACAUGAUGCUUCUUCUUGAACUUGUACAAAACGUUAUUACUACGAACAGCGAAAGCCCCGGCCCCGUUUGCUUGCUUGCACCUUCAUCCCUGUGACCAGUGCUCGCACAAAACACAGACCAACCAGUGAGUGAGCGACUUUCCUUCUUCCUUUGGACCUUUGCUUUGGUUUCGUGGCUGCUCUUUGCUUUGGGCCCUUGGUUGGGAUGUUGGGCUGGGGUCGAUGUAGCUCUUUCCUUUGUUUCUCUCCAUUUUGGUUUCUUUGACAUCCAAGGAUAAAAUCAGCUCCAGGCUCUGG